CAGUCAGGGGGAGGGGGGUGCACCGCUAAUUUCUAUAUGCUUGUAUGUCAAUAACAGUCAGAUAGCGUUCUCGUGUGCGGCUGUCAGCACCAUCAAGCUUCAGUGGACGUCCACAGCCUCGGACUGGGAUUUCUUCAUGUACUUUUAUCAGAUGAGACGCUGGAGACGGACGUCUACCUGCACACACUGAGUCCGUUGGAUAUUGCAGCCACUUGAAACGCAUCCGCACACUUCAGUUUCGUGGUAUUUUUUUUUUUGUCUUUGAAGCUGCUGUGUAACAACAAAACGAAAAACCCGCCUCAGGGAAGACUCGUCACAAAACUUUAAAGAAGACUUUGCAACUUUGGAGUUCAUGCGCUUUGUCAUCCGAGAGAAGCGGGGGAUUUGUGUGUGAAACUUAGGGAAGGCUUUCGAAACAUGUUCAGCAAGUGCUCCGUUGUCUUAUUGAAUGUCCUUUUCCUGGUGCGGGCGCUCGCGGCUCAUGAGUGCACGCCGUGUAACCUCCGGGUUUGUCCCGUUAUAGCCCCGCACGGCUGUGAGGGUGGUCGGACCUUGGCCAGGGAUCCGUGCGGAUGCUGUGACCAGUGUACCCGGCUGGAGUGGGAGCCCUGCGGCGGACAGGACUGGGCGCACGGCUACUGCGCCCUGGGUCUGACCUGCGCCUCUUUCAACACAACAGGAGCAGCCACGGUUCCUGAAACUGGAGUAUGUAAAGUGCUCCCUGACCAUCCAGAGGCAGGCCUGGAGGACGAGCGCUGUCCCCUGAUGAUGGGCUGCGACCGAGCCGGCGGUCAGUGUGUGUGUGAUGCCCGUCACUCCUGCUUGGGCUCUUUCACCUACCCAGACCAAGAAACCUGCAUGAAGGCCAGCAAGUCAGAGGGUCGCAGGCACGAGCACCGGGAAAGACACAGAGAGAAGUAUGUGGGACCAUCUAACCCAGCCUGCAUGUUCUCCGGGUGUAACCUGACCGCUGAGGGCUGUGUGUGUGAGUCUCAGAGCUGCCACCACCACUUCGCCUACAUCAACCGCAGCCAGUGCCAGGAAGCCGCAGAGGAGCUGAGGUGUGCCGGAGUGACGUGUCCCACUCUGCAGGUGCCCUCCUGCCCCAAGGGUUCAGUCCUGACCAAGAGUUCCACGCCCCCUGCUGGUUGCUGCCCCUCCAUACCACCCCAGUGCACUUGUGACUUCAGUGCCUGCCACAAGCCCCAGUGCCCGAGUGGACAGCGUGCCGUGCCACUCAGCCAGGCCAGCGGUCAGCCAGGAGACUGCUGUGAUAUCUUUGAGUGCCAGAAAGUAUCUCCCAAGUGUGUCCACAAUGGGAAGGAGUUUUCCGAGGGAGAGGUGUACCGCAUGGACCCCUGCUGGCUGUGUCAGUGCCGCGGUGGGAUCUCGUUCUGCUCCAAGGCAGAGUGCGCUGAGCUGGACUGUGAAAACUUUUACAUUCCUGAGGGCGAGUGUUGCCCUGUCUGCAUAGAUGUGGAGUUGCUUUCAAUGGACAGCACUAAGGCCAGUUGCUGGGUGAAUAAUAAGCUGCGAGCCCAUGAGGAGCAGUGGAAAGAGGACGACUGCACCUUCUGCCAGUGUGUGGAUGGAGAACCGCACUGCACAGCCAUGGCCUGCAAACAGAGCUGCCAGAACCCUGUCAAGAUCCCUGGAGAGUGCUGUCCAUUCUGUGAAGAGCCUUCUUAUGAAACAGUUAGCCCCAUGCUAUGUCCUCCCCUGGAAAACUGUUCUCUGUCAGGGAAUGACUGCCCCUAUGGCUUCCAACAAGACAAAAAUGGAUGUCUGCUCUGCCAGUGUCUCAGUAAUGACUCCUGCCCUGACCUGGGGAAAUACUGUCCCCUGCAAUGCCCAAUGGGAUACGAGAGGGAUGAUUUUGGCUGUGAAGUGUGUGAGUGCAGCAUCCCUGUGCCCAAGUGCCGACCUUUGACCUGCACUAAGACCUGCCCCUAUGGAUAUGUGAGGAACAAGCAUGGCUGUGAGAUGUGUCGCUGUGUCAAGUGUCCUCCUUUCACCUGCGACAAGCACUGCAGCGAGGGCUAUCGACAGAACAGGAAGGGCUGCUCCAUCUGCAUGUGUAAAGAAGGUGGCCUCCUCCCAAGCACAGCUGCCCCGGCCCCAAUGCCCAGUUAUUGCCUUACCUCCAACGGGCACCGAUAUGAGGAAGGUGACAGCUGGCAUGACGGCUGUCGUGAUUGCUACUGCCACUCCGGACGGGAGAUGUGUGUGCUCAUAUCCUGCCCUGUGCCCAGCUGUUCCCAUCCAGUUGUGAGACCUGACCAGUGUUGCCCUACGUGUGAGGAUGAGUCAGGCAGCGGUCAGCCAGAGGGGAUGGACAUGGUGGUCUGCAGAGCACCUGGGGGGGAAUUUUACGUGGAGGGGGAGACCUGGAACCUGGACGAGUGCACACGCUGCACCUGCAGGAAGGGACGUGUCCUGUGCGACACUGAAGUGUGCCCCCCAGCUCUUUGCCAGACACCAAUCAGGAACAAGGACACCUGUUGCCAUGUAUGCACAGACGAGACGUUGAACCCCUUGCUGCCAGUGAACAACAGCCAGCAGGAGUACUGCAUAACCAACGAUGGAGACGUUCUGUUGGCAGGAGACUCCUGGAAAGCCAACGCCUGCACCAGCUGCACCUGCAACAACGGCACCAUUCAGUGUUUCUCUCAGCGCUGUCUGGCUGCCAACUGCAGGGUGCCCGUCUUACGCAAGGGCCAGUGCUGUCCACACUGUCUCGGUGAGUUCGUAGAAAUUACAACGUCUGUGCCGGUGAUGGUGUCUACCAAUGCCGCCAAGACCACAGUCACUAUGACAGUGGGGAGUGCAGCGUGGAUCACCACUGUCACUGUACCGCCCAUCAUGGCUGAUACAGAUGAGCCAGGUUUGGUGGAGAAUUACCCCAGCCAAACAGAGAUGGCCCUCAUCUACCAAUCAGCAGCCUGGAUCCUGGCAGGUCUCCUCCUGGCCAUCAUCAUCUUCCUCAUUGUGGCACUACUCAUCAACAAGAAAAAGAAGUGGGUGCAGAUGUCCUGUUACAGUGCACCAAAGAAGACGGUGAUCCUAAAGAACAUAAAUAAGAACUCAGUGGUCUACAUGGAGCCCUCCAAGGAGAACAAAUUUCAGAAUGUGAAGAACGACUGCGGUAUCAUCCAUUGCUCUUCAGAAAUGAGCUCCCCCUGUCUGGACAAGAUGACCAUACCCAGGGCUAAGCUGAGCAUGGGCAACGACUGGACGCCGCGCUAAAACACCGCCCAAACCCUGCAGAUCAGAGCUGUCCGGCACCUCCCACUCUCUCUUACUGCUGUAUCCAAGGUGAUUAGUACAAGGGUGCGCACACACACACACACACCUUGGGCGCUGCCUUCUUCCCACCCUUCUUUGUCUGUGUGAAUCUGAGGAUGCUCCACAAGAGACGAAGCAAGUGACUUCUGUUCAUUUUAUCAUGUGUCCAUAUUCUUCUGUGUUUGGAUCUUUGGGUGGAGUGAGACGCUGGGAGGUGGAUGGACACAUGGACAUCUAAAGGACACAGCCACUCUGGGCGCUGCUUUAAAACAGAGAAGGAGGUAGCCAGGGAGGCUCCUCUGUCAGAAUUAGACUUUGACUGUGAACAUUGUAAUAUAUUGUUGUCUCCUUUGGAACUGGAACUUUGAGGCAAUAAGAGGAGCAUUUAAAGCUUUAGGACAGGGUUGGGCUGUAGAUUAAAUGGGUGUAGAUGAUUAUGCCUCCUGAGUUCAGCAGUGCUUCAUGGAUGUAAUCAUAUUCAUCGGCAGGGAGGAUAAGGAACUGAUAAUCCAGGUGGAUCAUAUUGGGUUCAGUAGCCAAAUCAUAACAAACCAACAGGCUUUACACAGACUCCCAGAUCCAAACCCCUGCUUUAGAAUGUGUGGUUUCCAUCUUAGUUUUUGUAUAUUUCUACAGUAUUUGUACUUGUUGUAGUGUUGUUCUUGGUUCACCUCACAUUUUUAUUAUGGGUGUCUCCACGGGGCCAGAAACAUUCUGAAAAUGGCAGUCUAAACAUUCCCCCCAAUCAAGUUCAGGAAGAACACGCAUCCCAAAUCAUAGCCUUGUUUCUGCCUUCGAAUGACCCGAGCCAUUCCAUUCAGAAAACUCAAUCAAACCGCAGUUCUACGAAAUGAAAUAUGUGAAUUCCCUCACUAAUGCAGUAGCCAACAGUACUCGUCUUUCCACUCAGCCUCAUCUGACCACGCCAUUUCCAGAAGGAGUCAGUCAUACUUCAUCAUCUGAAAAAUCUGCAAAUUGAAAAAAAUUGCAGUUGGAGUGAUGUUCAUCCACAAAGAUGCAAUUUUAUUGACUGCAGUGGAGACAAAAUGGUGCCAGAUGUUUCAUCUGGACAAAUGAGGACUGUUUCUGAUACCUUGGCUCACUUCAUAACUUCAUUAUCAGCCCUGUGUGUGGGUGUGUGUUUGUGUGGAGCUGCUGUUCCCACCGAAUGUUAAUGGUAGUUAGUAAUGAUUCAUUUUAAAGCCUUAAUUCUAUAGCCUUAAUGCAUUUUCUUUGUUGAUAUUUUGUUUUCUUUUAACAAGUGCAUUAGCCCAUAUCAAGGAAUCUGAAAAUAGUAAUAUACUCACCCAAUGUUAAGACAGAUAGAUUGUGUUAUACAGCAUCGCUAAUGGUUCAACUCUUCAUAUACAAGUGAGUUAUGUGGAGAUGUAAGGGGAGCUCGCUGAUGACUGUACAUAAGAGUUCACAUUACAAAAUCAGAGCGUGUUAAAGAGAUGUAGCACUUUUCUUUGGAGCCAGUGUUUUUGAGAAAGCUCACUGCAGGAUUCUUGGGGGGAUAAAGGCCCUAAUCGGGGAUUUGAUAGGCAUAUUAGGUUCAUGGAGAUGUUAAACCACUCAAGUGAACAAGCUGUUGCAGCUAGAGGCUCCACACCAAUCUGAUCAGCAUUGGGAAGGACAGAAUCUAAGAAGCAUUACACAACAAACCGGGGUUUCAUAAGAAAAGGUUUCGGAUCACAGUUGUCCAUCCAUUGCCAACUUUUCAAUACAAAGACCAUUUUAAUGCCAAAAUUGGUUGAAGACCAAUUUUAAAGUGUUUCAGUAACUCUAUAGAUUUGUGUCUGUUUGAAUUAUGACCAUGUGCUUUAAAAUGAAGAGGUGACUGUAAAGGCUUACGCAAUUCUUUGUUCUUCUAUGUGUAAAAAAGUAGUUUAAAUUAGUAGGACAGAAGAGUACCUUAUUUAUUUUUUCACAUAGCUUUAUUUAUUAAUACUAUAGUUUGAUUUUUUUUUUUUUUUGAAAAAUGAACUUUUGGUAGCCAAAGCUGCUGUACAUUGUAGACUAUUUACCAUUUCUACCUGCUAUAUUCUAUACAACCUUAUUUAUUUUACUGUUGCGAACCCUGUAAAUAUGUUUCCUAGACAAUGAACUGUAACAUUUACACUUAUUUUGAAAAAUAAAUGUGUGAACCAAA